AUGGCAUCUCAGAGAAAGCCGAUGGCGCAGUCUUCCUCUGAUGUCUUCAAUCAUUCAACCCCACCACAAUUCAUAGCCCCCUUCUCUCUUCCUCCCUUGCGCUCACAACAAUUUCCUCCUGGGGUAUCACACCUUAGCAAACAGGUAAUCGAUGAGCACUCCACGAGCUGGUUAAGAAGAAACGACCAUCGUAACGGGAUUCCCGAUGCCGGUCCUUCGCCAACGAGCACAAAAUCUAUCUAUGAACAGGGCCUUUCCCCUGAAGACCUAGCAAGUGAACUAAGAAAGGAACCUCAUUCGAAGUUAACCUCCAAAAUCUUAGUCAAGUUGCGGUUGAAGCUGUCAACUGAAUCGCUUCGGUGGCUCGAGGAUUUUAUACUGCAUCACGAGGGUUUACAAGCUCUGGAGAAUGUGAUUAACCAGAAUGGAUCCCCUCAGAUGUUCAAUAAGGACGAGCCAUAUAGCCGAAGUCCAUUUGGGACGGAAGAACUGAAUGGGCUGAUCCAACUAGAAUUGAUGAAAUGUUUGAAGGUCAUAAUGAAUGCGGAUCUUGGUUUUGAACAUGUUUUGGAGCUGAAAGGUCUGAUUCGGUGGCUAGCCUUUUCAUCUUUCGCUCCCUGGCCUUCCUAUAAAGCCAAGAUCCACGCGGCCGAAAUCUUGAGCGCGAUAUGUUCCUUGUCCCUGGAACACGGUCGUGCGAUUGUCGUUGAGGGAUUCCUGAGCCUCGCAUCAAAUCCGGAACAUGCGUUCCAAGGCUUGAUAAAUAGCCUUGGAGCCGAGAGGACGGAUGAAAUCGAGUGUCAAUCCAGGACUUCUGACCCGCUUCGCGCCGUAGAAGCUGAUUCCGAAGACUUGAGCUUGGUCUGGGAUUAUCGCUGUCGCGCCUUGGGACUCUGUAAUUCGAUCGGCACAGGCGGGCUUUACUGGUAUGGUUUACUCGUCAAGGCGGACAUCAAUGAUGCUAUAUUUCGGCUGAGUGGAAACAAUCCCCCAGCUGCUUUUGUGGCUCAAGUCGAAGCUUGGAAAUGCAAACUUGGGUGGUCCUGA